CACAUUAAAAAACCGAAUCUUCUCUCUUUGGUGUAAAAAAACCCCACAGACCCGCCACAAGCAACAGAGCUCGAGAAUCGCUCUGUUCUGCUUCAAACAUCUCUAUCUCUGUUGCAGAGAGAAACCGAAGAAGACAAACCCUAACCGCGACACGUAGUGUUUUUCUCAACACAUGGCUUCAUCACUCAUUCAAGUUCAAUACACGUCAUCAUCGACAAUGGCUUUUGCUUCUUCUUCUUCUUCUCUUUCCACUGGCGCCUCUCAUGGCCUCACCGUUCGAACAUUAGGUUUUGUUGACCUUCCCCGCACUCGAAACGUCACGUACAAUUGUGUGAAAUGUGAUAUGUCCGAACCGUCAAAUUUCGUUAACGGGAAACCGAUUGUUCCCAUUAUCAACGAACAAACACUCCCCAAGUUCAUGGAAUCUACAAGGACUGACAAAAUCGUAGGUAGAAACGGUAACAAGUUGAAAUUGUUUUCUGGCACCGCUAAUCCUGCACUCUCCCAGGAAAUUGCUCGGUACAUGGGUCUGGAACUUGGAAAGAUUUCCACAAAGCGAUUUGCCGAUGGUGAAAUCUAUGUCCAGUUACAAGAGAGUGUUAGAGGUUGCAAUGUAUACCUUAUACAACCAACCUGUCCUCCUGCCAAUGAGAAUCUCAUGGAGCUUCAAAUAAUGAUCGAUGCUUGCCGAAGAGCAUCUGCCAAAAAUAUCACUGCUGUUAUUCCAUACUUUGGAUAUGCCAGAGCUGAUAGAAAGACUCAAGGGCGUGAAUCGAUUGCAGCUAAACUUGUUGCAAACCUGAUUACUAAAGCUGGGGCGGACCGUGUUCUUGCUUGUGACCUUCAUUCAGGGCAGUCCAUGGGUUACUUUGAUAUUCCUGUGGAUCAUGUGCACUGUCAGCCUGUGAUCCUUGAUUACCUUGCUAGUAAGACAAUAAGUUCAAAUGACUUGGUGGUUGUUUCCCCUGAUGUUGGUGGCGUUGCAAGAGCACGUGCUUUUGCAAAGAAAUUAUCUGAUGCACCUUUAGCUAUUGUAGACAAAAGGCGCCACGGACACAAUGUAGCUGAGGUGAUGAAUCUGAUCGGAGAUGUAAAAGGAAAAGUUGCAGUAAUGGUGGAUGAUAUGAUUGACACUGCUGGAACCAUUGCCAAGGGUGCAGCACUAUUACAUGAAGAGGGAGCUAGGGAAGUUUAUGCUUGUUGUACUCAUGGUGUUUUCAGCCCUCCUGCAAUUGAGAGGCUGUCCAGUGGCUUAUUUCAAGAGGUGAUAAUUACCAACACCAUUCCAGUUUCAGAGAAGAACUAUUUCCCCCAGUUAACUAUUCUUACCGUAGCAAAUCUGUUGGGCGAAACUAUUUGGCGUAUUCAUGAUGAUAGUUCUGUCAGUAGUAUUUUUCAGUGAACAAUCAAAAUUGCUUUUUGAAGUUAAUUUUAAUCAAUAAAUGUUGUUUAUUAUAGUCCUGUCUAUUUUAUCACUCCAUAUAAAAUUCUACUUUUAGUCUUUUAGUUGUCGCCCAUUAUUUUUAAGGCUCAACAUAUCAUUUUGGUUUCAA